AUGAAAUCGUCCUGCCUCCUCGUCCUUCUCGCCGCGACGGCCGCCAGCGCCCAGUGGACCGACUGCUCGCCCGAGACCGUCGUCACGGUGAGCGACGCACUCCAAUCGUGCGCCAAGAGCGCUGGCAUCACGACUCAGUACGCGGCUCUCACCCUCGUCGGUCUCUUGCGCGACCCGACGUCCGCGACGGCCCAAGCCUACUGCAAGCACGCGCUGCCGGGCUGCGCCGACUUGGCGAUCGCGACCCAGAAGGCCAACUGCAGCUACAACCUCUACAAGGGCUCGUGGGUCAACUUGCACGACGUCGUGCCCACGCUCUGCGCCUCGGUACCGACGACGACGCCGACCAUGACGCCGGCAGUGACAACAGCUCCGGUGACUGUGGCGACAACGGCUCCGGUGACUGUGGCGACAACGGCUCCGGUGACUGCGACAACUACGACCUCCGUGCCGGCUACUGUGACGGUCAACACGACGAUUGUGACGGUCAAUACGACGACGACUACGCCUUUCGUCAAUCCCACGACGCCCAACACGACGACGAAUGUCAUCACGACGCCGCCGUCGCGCGGGUGCACGCACGUCAGUGUCGCUGGCGAUGCGACGUACUGCAUUGCGGGGCCGAUUUGCAGCGGCGACGGUCUGUUGCCGGCAGGCACCAAGUGUCCUCUCCAGGGCGAUGUGGCCAUCGCAAGCUGCGUCCGGGCGCUCACGAGCUACGUCGAUAGCGCGAGAUGUGUGCUCCCGGCGAACGCCAUCUGCCAAAAGAUCCCGACGGGCGCGUGGGGCUGCGUGCUGCCCUCGACCGCCAAUGCCGGCAUUUCCAAUUCCAACAUGACUGGAGGCUCGGUGACAGCAACCCUCUUGACGGUCAUGGCUUUGACGAUCCCGGCCGACGGCUGUUGCUCGACGUGCUUGGCGCAGCCGCUCGUUGGCGCGAUCGACGCGCUCAACUGGACGGCGUGCGCAGCGACGCAAUCUGUCUGCUGCUUUGACGACGUGUGUCAAUCGUCUUUGUUCGGGGCACCCAACUACAAUGUCGCGCAGCUCACGUACGCGGCCGGCAAAGCUCAGAUUCCGAGCGGCAUGUGGCUCCAGCUCAAUUGGCCUUCGGCCACCAACGUCAGCUACAUGGUGCUCAAAACCGGGCAGCCAAAGACGUCCCAAGUCCUCAACACGAGCCUGCCUGCGAUCUUCAAGGACAACUACUUUUCCAUGUGUGCGAGCGUCGUCGGUACGCUCUACUUUCGCGGGUUUGCUGCCAACGGCUGUCGCGCGUCGCAAGAGAUGGCUGUCGAGAUCAUUCCAGGCAACGGCACCACGUGCAGUGCGAUUCCGAGCGCGCCAGCGUUGACCAGCGACUGCGAUCCGGUCCGCGGCGCCGUCAAAAAUGGCGUCUGUGAGUGCAUCGCCGACAAGUCGGGCCCGCCCCAAUGCCUCGGCAACUCGGCUGUUAAAAUGGCGGAAGAAUACGCCGGGAUUGCCGGUGCCGUGGUAUUUUUUUGA